UAACAGAAAAUCAUUUUUAUUUGUAAUGUUAAUAUCAUUUAUCUCCAAUGUAUAGUUGAUCUGGAAUAUAUCCACAAGAGUAAGGGUAAAUUAGUCGCAUAACAAUAAUAGUAAAGACGGUAAUAUUGUGUAAAAGAAAGUAGGUCCGAUUUUUAUUAAAAACACAAGGUAUUACAGUGGAGAAAAACAGAAACAGAUUUGUUUACAUCACAUUUGGCGCAAAUAUAUUUGUCAUACAUCAAAUAAGACAGCUAAUGAAAAAGCCACUAUUACUAAUUUGAGUGUUAUAAUUCUGAUUAGAAUAAGCGAUAUUUUGUGUUUGUCAUUAGUGAAUAAAUUACAAACAAAAAGAAUGAUACACAACAAUACAUUAAAUCAAUUUCUUUUAAUUAGGUAUCUCGGACUGGAACAUUGUAUUGGCAAUAAGCACGAAUAAUAAUGCUACGAUUUAAUCAAAUAAAAUUACGUGAUCAUUUAGCAUUUGAAAAAAAUUAUUGUUACGUACAUAAACAAAACGCAAUUUGGUCCAUAUGUGUUUUAGAAAGAUUUUUUACCAAAUGUAUUUGUAACAAAAAAAGAAGAUAGAUCAUUUGACUAAAGACAUAAGAAAGAACGUGAUAGAAAAUGGAAAACAAUUAUUAAUUUCAUUAGCCAUUACCACCAUUGACAUUAUAGUCAUGGCUAUCGCACCACAGUUAGCAGAAAUGGUAGCUAACGAUACAUGGAAGAUGACAAAACCAAGAGGAACUAAGGAACAAGAGGAUGAAAUCACUAAUAAUAAUAAUAAUAAUAAUAAUAAUAAUAAUAAUAAUAAUAAUAAUAAUAAUAAUAAUAAUAAUAAUAAUAAUAUGAGAUCAUUUUCACCCAAUAGCUUUUGUUUACGAUAAAAAAUAAAACAUGUUAUAUGACAAGACCGUAUUAGAUUCAAGUAUGUAUGAAAUUACUAACGUAAGUAGAGAAAUGAAUAUAAGUCGAUAGGGAAAGAGAAAAAAGUUGAGAAAAAUUCGGAACUUAUUCAAUGAAAUGAUAGUGAGAAAUAUCAAAACAUAAAGAAACAGCUUGUCAAUGCGGAUAAAUGAUCAUAAAGAUAAUUAAGAAAAAGAAUAUGCAUGCAAUGUAUACACAGGUAGUCCUCUGAUAAAAGAUAAAAUAAGCACAACGAAUAGGGCGAUCAAGCUGUAGAGGAGGAUAGAAAAACAACAAAUGAGAUAAAUACACAAAUAUAUGCGACCGCAACAAAAUAGAUAAUAACAGACGUAAUGCAUAUAAUGGAC